UUCUGGACGGGAACGCUUGGAACGAACAAGAUGAGUCUCGGCGCCAAGGUCUUUGUCGGGAACCUGUCGGACAAGGUCAAGGAGAGCGACAUCCGCGACAAGUUUGACAAGUUCGGCAAGAUUCUCGAGAUUAGCAUCAAGACUCCGUCGCGCCCGCCUGCUUUUGCCUUCGUCCAAUAUGAAGACCUUCGCGAUGCACAAGAUGCCGUUCGGGAAAUGAAUGGAACCGAGAUGGACGGCAACACGCUUCGUGUCGAAAUUACCAAGCGUGGCCCCCGCGGUGAAGACCCCCGUGACCUCGAACGGGAAGACGAACGCCGCAGGCGCCAACAUGGCACGUCUUAUCGCAUUUCUGUGAGCGGCCUGUCUUCGGACACAAGCUGGCAAGACUUGAAAGAUUUUUUGCGGGAAGCUGGUGACGUGGCGCAUUCCGAAGUCGACCGUCGUGGUUAUGGCACUGCGUCGUUCCAAACGGCGGAGCAAAUGGAACGUGCAAUUCGAAAACUUGACGAUCAAGAGCUCAAGGGCCGCCGAGUCCGCAUUCGAGAGGACCGCAGUCGAGGCCGUUCUCGCUCUCGUUCGCGCUCGCGCUCGCGAAGCCCACCUCGCCGCCGUCGUCGUCGCUCCCCAUCCCGAUCCCGCAGCCCUCCUCGCCGCUCCCGUCGAUCGGAUUCGCGCAGUCCUCCUCGCCGCCGUCGCUCUCGCUCGUAAAUAAGCCUAACAUAAGAGAUGCGACCUCUUUGUGUGACAA